UCCUGGCCGCUGCUCUCCAGACCCAGGAUGCCGGGGGGCAAGAGAGGGCUGGUGGCACCGCAGAACACAUUUUUGGAGAACAUCGUCAGGCGCUCCAGCGAAUCGAGUUUCUUACUGGGAAAUGCCCAGAUUGUGGAUUGGCCUGUAGUUUAUAGUAAUGACGGUUUUUGCAAACUUUCUGGCUAUCAUCGAGCUGACGUCAUGCAGAAAAGCAGCACUUGCAGUUUUAUGUAUGGAGAAUUGACUGACAAGAAGACCAUUGAGAAAGUCAGACAGACUUUUGACAACUACGAGUCAAACUGCUUUGAAGUUCUUCUGUACAAGAAAAAUAGAACCCCUGUUUGGUUUUAUAUGCAAAUUGCACCAAUAAGAAAUGAACAUGAAAAGGUGGUCUUGUUCCUAUGUACUUUCAAGGAUAUUACGUUGUUCAAACAGCCAAUAGAGGAUGAUUCAACAAAAGGUUGGACAAAAUUUGCCCGAUUGACGCGGGCUUUGACAAAUAGCCGAAGUGUUUUGCAGCAGCUCACGCCAAUGAAUAAAACAGAGGUGGUCCACAAACAUUCAAGAUUAGCUGAAGUUCUUCAGCUGGGAUCAGAUAUCCUUCCUCAGUAUAAGCAAGAAGCGCCAAAGACGCCACCACACAUUAUUUUACACUAUUGUGCUUUUAAAACUACUUGGGAUUGGGUGAUUUUAAUUCUAACCUUCUACACCGCCAUUAUGGUUCCUUACAACGUUUCCUUCAAAACGAAGCAGAACAACAUAGCCUGGCUGGUGCUGGACAGUGUGGUGGACGUUAUUUUUCUGGUUGACAUUGUUUUAAAUUUUCACACGACCUUUGUGGGACCUGGUGGAGAGGUCAUUUCUGACCCCAAGCUGAUAAGGAUGAACUAUCUGAAAACUUGGUUUGUGAUCGAUCUGUUGUCUUGUUUACCUUAUGACAUCAUCAAUGCCUUUGAAAAUGUGGAUGAGGGAAUCAGCAGUCUCUUCAGUUCUUUAAAAGUGGUGCGUCUCUUGCGACUGGGCCGUGUUGCUAGGAAAUUGGACCAUUACCUGGAGUAUGGAGCAGCAGUCCUCGUGCUCCUGGUAUGUGUGUUUGGACUAGUUGCCCACUGGCUGGCCUGCAUAUGGUACAGCAUUGGGGACUAUGAGGUCAUCGAUGAAGUGACGAACACCAUCCAAAUAGACAGUUGGCUCUACCAGCUGGCCUUGAGCAUUGGGACUCCGUAUCGAUAUAAUACCAGUGCAGGGAUAUGGGAAGGAGGACCCAGCAAGGAUUCUCUGUACGUGUCCUCUCUCUACUUUACCAUGACAAGCCUUACAACCAUAGGAUUUGGAAACAUAGCUCCUACCACAGAUGUGGAGAAGAUGUUUUCAGUGGCCAUGAUGAUGGUUGGCUCUCUUCUUUAUGCAACUAUUUUUGGAAACGUUACCACAAUUUUCCAGCAAAUGUAUGCCAACACCAACCGCUACCACGAGAUGCUGAAUAAUGUGCGGGAUUUUCUGAAACUUUAUCAGGUCCCCAAAGGCCUUAGUGAACGAGUCAUGGAUUAUAUUGUCUCAACGUGGUCCAUGUCAAAAGGCAUUGACACAGAGAAGGUUCUCUCCAUCUGUCCCAAGGACAUGAGAGCUGAUAUCUGUGUUCAUCUAAACCGGAAGGUUUUUAAUGAACAUCCUGCUUUUCGAUUGGCCAGCGAUGGGUGUCUGCGCGCCUUGGCGGUAGAGUUCCAGACUAUUCACUGUGCUCCCGGGGACCUCAUUUACCAUGCUGGAGAAAGUGUGGAUGCCCUCUGCUUUGUGGUGUCAGGAUCCUUGGAAGUCAUCCAGGAUGAUGAGGUGGUGGCUAUUUUAGGGAAAGGUGAUGUAUUUGGAGACAUCUUCUGGAAGGAAACCACCCUUGCUCACGCAUGUGCCAAUGUCCGAGCACUGACAUACUGUGACCUCCACAUCAUCAAGCGAGAAGCCUUGCUCAAAGUCCUGGACUUUUAUACAGCUUUUGCAAACUCAUUCUCAAGGAACCUCACUCUUACUUGCAAUCUGAGGAAACGGAUCAUUUUCCGGAAGAUCAGUGACGUGAAGAAAGAGGAAGAGGAGCGCCUCAGGCAGAAGAAUGAGGUCACCCUCAGCAUCCCCGUGGACCACCCGGUCCGGAAGCUCUUCCAGAAGUUCAAGCAGCAGAAGGAGCUGCGGAAUCAGGGGUCCACCCAGAGCGACCCCGAGCGGAACCAGCUCCAGGUGGAGAGCCGCUCCUUACAGAACGGAGCCUCCAUCACGGGCACCAGUGUGGUCACCGUGUCGCAGAUCACACCCAUCCAGACGUCUCUGGCCUAUGUGAAAACCAGCGAGUCCCUCAAGCAAAACAACCGCGAUGCCAUGGAACUCAAGCCCAAUGGCGGUGCUGACCCCAAAUGUCUCAAGGUCAACAGCCCCAUCAGGAUGAAGAACGGAAAUGGGAGGGGAUGGCUACGACUCAAGAAUAACGUGGGGACGCACGAGGAGAAAAAGGAAGACUGGAAUAACGUCACGAAAGCCGAGUCGAUGGGGCUGUUGUCAGAGGACCCCAAGGGCAGCGAUUCCGAGAACGGCGUUACCAAAAACCCAUUAAGGAAAACAGAUUCUUGUGACAGUGGGAUUACAAAAAGUGACCUUCGUCUGGAUAAGGCCGGAGAGGCCCGAAGUCCGCUGGAGCACAGCCCGAUUCAGGCUGAUGCCAAGCACCCCUUUUAUCCCAUCCCAGAGCAGGCCUUACAAACCACACUGCAGGAAGUCAAGCACGAACUCAAAGAGGACAUUCAGCUGCUAAGCUGCAGAAUGACUGCCCUGGAAAAGCAGGUGGCAGAAAUUUUAAAAAUACUCUCCGAAAAAAGCGUGCCCCAGACCUCUUCUCCCAAAUCCCAAAUGCCACUCCAAGUACCUCCCCAAAUACCAUGUCAGGAUAUUUUUAGUGUUUCAAGGCCUGAGUCACCUGAAUCUGACAAAGACGAAAUCCACUUUUAA